AUGGAUAUGAUGGAAUUAGAGGAGAUCUGCGUUUUUAAACCGACAGAUGCCAUCUCGGCUGUCGGCGGCGGCGGUGCAAGGGCGGCGCGGGCGUCGGUGGACGGCGGCGCGGCGGGGGCGAUCAGCGGAUGGGAGGUGCGCCUCGUUUUGGAGUACUGCGAUCUGGGGACCCUGCGGGAGCGCCUCGACGACGGAGCCCUCGCGCGCCCCGACGGCCCCCGCGACCUGGGGGGCGUGCUGGCGACCGCGCUGGAAGUCGCGCGGGCGCUGGCGUUUUUGCACGAGAACGGGGUGGUGCACGCGGACCUCAAGGCGCGCAACGUGCUACUCAAGUCAAACGCGUCUGACCCCCGCGGGUUCAUCGCCAAGGUGGGCGACUUCGGUCUGUCCAUGCAGAUCGACCCCGGGGCCACCUACAUUAGUAACCUCUUCCAGGGCACGAUGACCCACAUGGCGCCUGAAACGAUGGAGCACGGCCGCCUGAGCCGCGCCUCAGACGUCUACGGCUACGGCAUACUGCUGUUUGAGCUCAUGACAGGCCAGGCCGCCUUCAAGGGCGUGCCCAGGGCCGUGCUGGGCUAUGACGUCAUGAAGAUGCACCGCAGGCCAGCGGGCCGCGCUGGUGCGGUCGCCGCCCUCGCUCCGCCCUUCCGCGUGCGUUGGUGGUGGCCGCGGCCCCACGCUGGUGGCGGCGAGGGCCACCGGGUGGUAGAGUUCCCAAACUCAUGCCCCCAAGAGUUCGCUGACCUGGCGGCGCUCUGCUGGCACCCCGUCCCAGAUCAGAGGUACGCGGCGGCGCCGCUGCCGCCGCCGCUAGCGGCAGCGCUGCCAACCAUCAAUUUUGAGGGCGGAUAA